AUGAUGAAAGCUUUGGUUGGCACUAAGGUGGUUUCGAACAUUCGUCGUGCAUUCUCAUCGGAACCUCUCACCGACUGCACUACAUCUACCCGCUUUUGUGUCCUCAGAUCUCUUUCAUUUGAAGGGCCAAAGCCGACCAAAAACGACCUUGUCCCUGGCCCGAGACGACGAUGGACACAGGAGACGAACACUCUGUUUCUGCUGUACCGUAUUGACUCAUAA